AUGACGCUACCCGAACUCCCAAGACCUCUUAUCAUCAAACUGCAGUUGGCAGUUGUAGAUGAUCUGGGAGUCAAGUUUGGUAAAUGUUCACUUUUGGACAUUGCCUGUAUGGGUGGGUUUUUUGCAGUGGCUUCCAGAUUGUGUUAUUUGAUAAAGAUGAACAAGAAAAAAAAUACCCCCCAAAAUACAUAUGUACAUUUUGCAUACUUGUGCCUAAAGGGCAAAGAUACCAUGGAUACAAUUACGAAAAUGGGAAAACUGAAUGUCAAUAUAACAGACCCUGAAGGAUCAACACCUUUACAUUACGCAUGUGCAGUUGGAAAUGUUAGCUUUGUAAGCUAUCUGUUACAGGAACUAGUGGACAUUGGUGAGCAAAACAAGAAGGGUGAAACUGGGCUUCAUUUGGCAUGUAUAUAUGGAAACACAGAAGUUGUUAAAAUGUUAUUACAGAACAAGGGAAUAAUUCAUGUGAAAGAUAAUGAUGGCUGCACACCUCUACAUCUUGCAUCCUGGCAGGGAUAUAGGGAGGUUGUGGAGGUGUUAUUACAGAACAAGGCAAAGGUGAAUGACAAACGUGAUGAUGGCAGCACAUCUCUACACAUUGCAGCCCAGCAGGGACAUAGGGAGGUUGUAGAGGUGUUAUUACAGAACAAGGCUGAGGUGAAUGACAAACGUGAUGAUGGAAGCACACCUCUACACCUUGCAGCCUACCAGGGACAUAGGGAAAUUGUGGAGGUGUUGUUAGAGAACAAGUCAAAUGUGAAUGAGAAACGUAAUGAUUGCAGCACACCUCUACACCUUGCAGCCUGGCAAGGAUAUAGGGAGGUUGUGGAGGUGUUAUUACAAAACAAGGCAAAGGUGAAUGACAAACGUGAUGAUGGCGGCACACCUCUACAUCUUGCAGCCGACCAGGGACAUCGGGAGGUUGUGGAGGUGUUAUUACAGAACAAGGCAAAUGUGGAUGAAAAACGUGAUGAUGGCCCCACACCUCUACAUGAUGCAGCCUACCAGGGACAAAGGGAGGUUGUGGAGGUGUUAUUACAGAACAAGGCAAAUGUGGACGAGAAACGUAAUGAUGGCGGCACACCUCUACAUCGUGCAGCCUGGCAGGGACAAAGGGAGAUUGUGGAGGUGUUAUUACAGAACAAGGCAAAUGUGAAAGAGAAACAGAAUGAUGGCGGCAAACCUCUACAUGACGGUGCCUACCAGGGACAUAGGGAGGUUGUGGAGGUGUUAUUACAGAACAAGACAAAUGUGGAUGAGAAAGAUAAGAAAGGCCGCACACCUCUACAUCGUGCAGCCUUUGAGGGACAUAGGAAGGUUGUGGAGGUGUUAUUACAGAACAAGGCAAAUAAGGAUGUGAAACGUAAUGAUGGCAGCACACCUCUACAUGAUGCAGCCUACCAGGGACAAAGGGAGGUUGUUGAGGUGUUAUUACAGAACAAGGCAAAUGUGGAUGAAAAACGUAAUGAUGGCAACACACCUCUACAUCUUGCAGCCUGGCAGGGACAUAGGGAGGUUGUGGAGGUGUUAUUACAGAACAGGACAAAUGUGGAUGAAAAAAGUAAUGAUGGCAACACAUCUCUACAUCUUGCAGCCUACCACGGUCAUAGGGAGGUUGUGGAGGUGUUAUUACAGAACAGGACAAAUGUGAAUGAACAACGUAAUGAUGGCAACACACCUCUACAUCUUGCAGCCCACCAUGGACAUAGGGAGCUUGUGGAGAUGUUAUUACAGAACAAGGCAAAUGUGGAUGAGAAACAUCAAGGCGGCAGCACACCUCUACAUCUCGCAGCCGACCAGGGACAUAGGGAGGUUGUGGAGGUGUUAUUACAAAACAAGGCAAAUGUGAGGGAGGUUGUGGAGGUGUUAUUACAGAACAAGGCAAAUAUGGAUGAGAAAGAUAAGGAAGGCCGCACACCUCUACAUGAUGCAGCCUGGCAGGGACAUAGGGAGGUUGUGGAGGUGUUAUUACAGAACAAGGCAAAUGUGGAUGAGAAAGAUAAGGAAGGCCGCACACCUCUACAUGAUGCAACCUUGCAAGGACACAGGGAGGUUGUGGAGGUAGAACAAGGCAAGUGUGGAUGA